CUCUGAGAGGCUGCGGAGGCCGCCCAGCCGCCAUCUUGGACUCGGGCGGAAGUCGGCUGAGGAGGCGAAACGGGGAAUGUGGUCACUGCGGAGAACGCGGCGGUCACACCAACAGCGGGGAAAGCUGGCGGGAGAAAAGGCCUGGCCCAGCUCAGCCACGCCCCCGCGGCGGUGCCGUCGCGGUGCAUUGUGGACCCGGUAGUUUCCGCCGCGGUUAUGGUCGCGUUCACAAAGCGUGCGCGCUGCGGUUCGCGGACUGCACUGUAACCGGCACCAGACACUGCUGCCCCGGUUCUGCGGACUGCGACGGAGAUCGGAUGCCCCCGGAUCAACAUUUUUUUUUUUUUUUAAGGGAGAAAACUCAUAAGACUUCAUUGCUAUUAAGUAGCCUCAAAAGCAGAGCCUUGGUUUUUCUGAGAAAUUGAAAAUCAUCUUUUAAAAAGUUGCGCUUCAACUCGCCCCCUUACCCCCCCACCCCCUAAUUCCUUAAUUAUGCGGUAGAAGUAGGGGCUUUUCUUCACCAUCUGCUGAUCUCACUGCAUCAUGACUUUCUGUUUCACUGGCAUUAGAAGCUUUCCGAGGCUUUGGAAAAACAACCCAUUCCUCGGAGUAGUAGGCCCAGGACACACUUACAACUUUUUCUUUCUGAAAGACUGUUAUGGCAUCAGGAACCAGCAGAAGUUGUUUUCUCUUAAAACGGUGUCUCCACAAAAUACCAAAGCAAUAAACCUGAUUGCCAAGGCCAGGUAUCGCAGAAAAGAUGAGGGCAGUAAUAAAGUUUCUUCUGAGUUUCCUCACCUUUUUGCAGCUGGAGCGGCUAAGAAGAGAUCUCAAAUGAAUCCUCGGAGUCACGAUCAUGCCUCGCCACCGGAGAGAAACAGUAUUCAGCUCCCAACACUACCUUUGAAUUCAGAGCAGUGGGAUAAACUUAAAGAAGAUUUCAAAGGGAGAGCUAAUUUUGAAGAUUGGAUCAUUGCACGGAUGAUUACCUACAAUAGCUCUAUAGAUGUGGCCAAAUCUUUGCUGGCCUGGGUAGCUGCAAAAAACAAUGGUAUUGUAAGCUAUAAUUUGCUGGUCAAGUAUCUGUGUCUCUGUGUCUUUCAUAAGCAGACAUCAGAAGUUUUUGAUGUCUACGAAAUCUUGAAAGCCAGAUACAAGAGUUUAGAAUCUUCGGCAAGCACUCUUCUCAUCCGAGGGUUGAUCCACUCAGACAGAUGGAGAGAGGCCUUGCUGCUGUUAGAGGACAUCAAAAAAGUCAUGACCCCUUCAAAAAAGAAUUAUGGUGACUGUAUCCAGGGAGCCCUCCUUCAUCAAGAUGUAAACACAGCUUGGAAUUUGUUUCAGGAAUUGUUAGAUCAUGAUCUUAUUCCCUUGAUGGAAACUUUAAAGGCCUUCUUUGAUUUUGGAAAAGACAUAAAAGAUGAUCAAUAUUCAAAGAAACUGCUAGACAUUCUUUUGUAUCUAAGAAAUAAUCAGCUAUAUCCUGGGGAAUCAUUUGCACACAGUAUAAAAACAUGGUUUGAGAGUGUUCCUGGAGAACAAUGGAAAGGACAAUUUACCACAAUCCAGAAAAAUGGUCAGUGUUUGGGCUGUGGGAAAACCAUAGAGUCUAUUCACUUGAGUCCAGAAGAGUAUGAAUUCCUCAAGAGAAAAAUCCUGAGUGAUGUGAUAGAUGGAGGUGACCAAUACAAAAAGACGACACCUCAGGAACUUAAGAGAUUUCAGAACUUUGUGGGACGCUGUCCUCCUUUUGAUGUUGUCAUUGAUGGGCUCAAUGUUGCCAAGAUGUUUCCUAAAGCUCGUGAGUCUCAAGUUCUCUUGAAUGUGGUCUCUCAACUAGCCAAGCAAAAUCUUCGAGUGUUGGUCCUGGGCCGGAAGCAUAUGACAGUACAGCGUGCCCGGUGGAGAAAGGAUGAGAUGGAAAAGGUGCAAAAGCAAGCCAGCUGUUUCUUUGCUGACAACAUCUCAGAGGAUGAUCCGUUCCUUCUGUAUGCCACACUGCACUCAGGGAAUCACUGCAAGUUUAUCACAAAAGAUCUGCUGCGGGACCAUAAGGCCUGUCUACCUGAUGCCAAGACCCAGCGCCUGUUCUUUAAGUGGCAGCAGGGACAUCAGCUGGCAAUUAUUAAUAGGUUUCCAGGAUCAAAAAUAACUUUUCAGCAUAUUCCCAGCUAUGACACGGUGGUGCAAACAACUGGAGACUCGUGGCACAUACCGUAUGAUGAAGACCUGGUGGAAAGAUAUUCCUAUGAAGUGCCAACCAAAUGGCUUUGCCUUCACCGAAAGACAUAAUGACUUUUGUCCCCAUGCUAAAUUUGUAUUGGGUGCCCUCCUGGUUGGCAUCAGAGCUCUUAAGUUGAUGCUUGUUUAGACCAUUGCUUCUCUCCUGCUCUGUUUGUUCCAGUUGGUUUGUAUGUCAACAAAUUGAUUUUUUAAUUAAAUAAAUUAUAUCUUUUCACAA